AAAGUCGAAAAAACAACUACGUCAGGACUGAAUACAGGAUUCUGUUUCUGGCACAGUCUUUUUCAUAAAUAAUCACAUCUCCCUCGGCAACCAUCGAGUCUGUUUGAAUAGAUUCACAAGGACAUUCGAUUGGCUGCACCUGACCCGAUUCUCACAAGAGAAAACUGGGUUUUGUCCCUUCCAGGCCUUUCCUUUCAUGGGCGACUUAAAUAUUUUAGUAGACAGCAGGGGAGGAUUCGAGUCUAUCAAACAAUUGCUGGUACGGAUCGAUUGACAAUGAACAAGCAUUCGUGGAACUCAAAAUUCUUUUGGAUCCUCACGUUGAACCCAUUUGUAAAGGCGAGCAAAUAAUGGCGCUCUAGAAAACCUAUGGACAUUAUCUAAAGAAGGUGUCAAUUAUGAAGAAAUGCGUAAAGCAAUGGUCAAAGGAACAUGCAUCCCACAUACGGUUGUUUUCGUAAUCAUCAAUUCUUCUAUCCAGUUCGAUCUGGACAUUAUUGAGGAAGGCCGAAAGUGAAAUUCUAGCUGCUUGGAACAAACUUUUCUGCUCUGAUAUGUUGUCGUUCAUAACCAUCGAGUUCUAGAAUGAUAUAUCAGUACAGGGAAACCACUGGCCGCUUCGGCCAUGACCGAUCGCAUUUGUGUGGUGGACGAAGCUCUGGCCUCCUGCUUGAAUAUGGUAGUCGACACGAAUGCGCUCAAUUUGGAAUACGAAUGCGUCCGCGCUCGAGACAGGUUGGAAUGUUUAAAACUGAUACAGAACGGAUUGGCGGAUUUCGCACCGUUCGAGCCAGAAGACAUGUACAUUGCGGCUAAAUUCAUGGACGACUCGUUGGCCAUCUUCCUUGAAAUGCGCAAUGCCAUCACGCAGUUAGAUGUGUUUCGGUUUUUGAGCGUCGCUGUGGUUCGCAAUGACGCCAACAUCAAUUAUCCUGCUGAUCUACGUGGAAAAGUCUCUUGCCACACUGGUUACGGAAGAACGGCAGGUUGGCACAUGCCAAUACCCAGAUUGAUGACGGAAAAGUUGAUUAAACCAGAUUGCACGGGGUUAAAUCCGGUCAACGAACACGAAUUGGCUGCUGUAUCCGAUUUUUUUUCUCGCGCGUGCGUGCCCGGAAAAUGGUCACCAGAUGAAAUCACGGAUCAAUUAUUCAAACGGAAAUAUCCCAAUUUAUGCUCGGCUUGUAACGAUCCCUAUCGAUGUUCUGACGGUGAUGAAUAUUCCGGAUUUGAGGGAACACUCCGGUGUGUCACCCAAGGACUGGGUCAAGUAGCUUGGACUAGUUAUACUACCGUUAGGCGCGUUUUCGGCAUGGAUACGGUCACUCCGAGCAGUGAAAUCGUCAACUUUAGUUUCCUGUGUCCAGAAGGUGGCCGUCGGCCAUUAACGUCGCCUUUUCCUUGUGUCUGGUCGGCGAAACCGUGGAAUGCCUAUAUGACCCGGAAAGUCACUGCAGUAGCAAUAAUGAGAGAUAUGCAACAACGUAUUGGUCGGGCGGUGGAAUUGGCCCGUACAGCUGGCAAUGUACGAUCAGCUGACUGGCUCACACGAGUGCUGGGUUUCGAACCCGAGGCUGUUGCCGUACCCAUGGAUGAAUUGACGGUUUUCACAGCAGCCGAAUAUCUGGCCAGAAGUAAUUUUACGCUAUCGAUUGAAGGACGUGGAUGUCGCGGACGGAUACUCCGUUUUUGCGUAGUUUCGGAAAAAGAGCAGCGCAAGUGCCAAGAUUUGAGAAUGGCCGCUCUUUCAAGGCGUGUUUUGCCAGAGAUUACAUGUGUCCGCGGAUCGACGACGAUGGAUUGCAUGGAUCGUAUCCGGCGAGGAGAAGCCGAUAUGAGGACCUUUGACAGUAAUGAUGCUUUUCGAGCCGGCAGAUCAUAUAAUUUGAAACCAAUCGUGACGGAAAUAUACCCCAACACUCAAGAAUCAGCCUCAUUUGCAGUGGCGGUCGUUAAAUCCAAUUCCGGAAUCAACCGAUUGGAAGACUUGCGUGAAAAACGGUCAUGCCACACAGGAUUCGGGCGGACUGCAGGCUGGAAUAUUCCCGUUUUUGCGCUUUCACAACGCCAACUCAUCUAUCCACAGCGAUGCCGAUUCGGUCGGGCAGUCAGCCAAUUUUUCAGCCAAUCUUGUGUUCCCGGUGCCAAAGACUUUGUCAACGACAUCUUUAGAGACAAUCCUCUGUCUCUGUGUAGCAUGUGCGUUGGCAAUCAAGCGUUAGGAGGAGCUGGUCGUUGUUCUUCCGAGCCAUCUGAGGAACUUUUUGCUGGAUUCCGAGGAGCAUUCCAUUGUCUCGUGGAGGGUGGAGGCGACGUUGCAUUUGUACGACAUACCACGCCUUUCGAAAAUACUGAUGGAAACAAUUUGGAAAAUUGGGCGGUGGGAUUGAGUUCCAACAACUUCCGGUUGUUGUGUCUCGAUGGAGGAGUUCGACCUGUACAGGAAUACCAGACCUGCAAUUUGGGCAAAGUGCCCGCACCCAAAGUAAUGACGGACGGUUGGAAGUCUGCCGAGCGAAGUCAGGACAUCCGUGCCGUCUUGUUAAGAUUGUCUGACCUCUUUAGUCCGUCUUUUGGAGGUCAAGUCAUCUUUCGUCUUUUCGGGCCUUACGAAGGCGUUCCCAACCUCCUUUUUACAGAUUUCGCAGAGAGGCUUGGCGAUCUGGGACCGGUGGAUUACAUACAAGGGCUUGGUCACGAUUUUGUACGAAUGAUGGAACAGACCACCUGUGGUUCCGAAAGGCUUCAUCACGCAGUUGCCACUGGCGUUGUUGUGGCAGUCUUCACUUGCCUUUUGUCCAUCUAUUAUCGCUGAUUAUUAUUCAUCGAAAAAUUUUCACAUUUCAUAAUCUGCCUGGGGAUUGCUCUAUUCUUUACGUGUUACAGCAUAUUUCUAAUCAUAAAAUUAAUUAUUAUACGAAACAAAAAAUAAUAAUAAGAUUGUAUUUUAAAAUUUUUCGAAGUGUGACAAGGAAGGAGUUGUAACUUCGUGCGACGCGAGAAUAUGAAAGCUUAUGGCAUUAAGUGUCGGCACACUAA